AUGGAAUGUAGAGGAAAGAAGGAUAUUAGGCAUCCAGAAUAUGAAGAAUCAGAACAUUGUGAUGAAAGAACAAGAUAUGCAGAGAAGGAUAUUGCUUGUGAGGAAACUGUUGAACUGAAACAUUCUGAACUGGAAGAGGAAGAGAAUAUUGAUAGAGUUGAGGAAAGCAGAAAAAGAAGGCAAGCGAUUUUGGAAAAAUACAAAUGUAAAAAACUGGAAGUACAAAAUCAGGUUGAACCUCAAAUUGAGGUCCCAGAGAAAGAGGAAAAGGCUUCUCUACCUGUAGACGAGGUAUUGUUCCCGGGGCACUCUUCUCUCACUAUUAGUAUUGUUCCUGAACUUUCAGAUUGUAAGGAUGUUGGCACUGAUGUUGAUGGUGUUGACUCAAUAUUCUCAGAAGGGAAAUCGCCGGUACAAAAUGUAACGUCGGUCUCUGAGAAGACUCAAGGUGCUGAGGGAGUGGAUGGUGGUGCUUUGAAGGGGAAAGGAGAUGGUAUACAAGUGAAAAGAAGUGGGCCCAAUGAUAACUGGGAUAAUAAACAUGGACAUUAUAUCUGUAAGCAUGGAGAUAUACUUGUCAACAGGUAUGAUGUCACUGCUGUUCUUGGGAGUGGUGUUUCUUCCACUGUGGUUCUUGCCAAGGAUCUCAAGGCCAGGAAACAUGAUCCAAAAGAAGUUGCCAUAAAGAUCAUACACAGUAAUGACAUCUUGAGCAAGGCUGGUCAACUAGAGCUGGAAAUAUUAAAGAGGCUAGCUACUGCAGAUCCAGAGGAUAGACGACACUGUGUUCGAUUACUCUCAAGUUUCAGGCAUCGGAAUCAUCUUUGUUUGGUUCUUGAAUCACUUGAUACGAGUCUACGUAAGGUUAUAGAUUUUCGUCUUAAGACUCAUGGCACCGGUCUUAAGUUAGCUGCAGUGAGGGCUUACGCGAAACAUCUGUUUAUCUCAUUAAAGCAUCUAAAAGAGUGUGGCAUUCUGCAUUGUGAUAUAAAGCCAGACAACAUGCUGGUUGACAAGGCGAGAAAUAGUCUGAAAGUUUGUGAUUUCGGUGUUUCUAUGUUUGCUGGGAAAAACGAAAUCACACCAUACCUCAUCAGUCGCUUCUACCGUGCACCUGAAGUAAUUCUUGGUCUGUCCUAUGAUCAUCCUGUGGAUAUCUGGUCUGUUGGUUUCUGUCUGUAUGAGCUGUACACAGGGAAGUAUCUUUUUCCUGGUCGAUCAAACAAUGUCAUGCUUCGGCUCCACAUGGAAUUAAAGGGUGCUUUUCCUAGAAAGAUGCUCCAAAAGGGAGCUUUCACCAAUCAGCAUUUUGAUCAGAAUCACAAUUUCCUUUCCAUUGAAGAGGAUCCUUUUACUAAGAAGGCGAUAAAGAGGGUAAUUUUCGACUUUAAGCCAAAAUGUAUUCGCACCAGAAUAACAGGCUCACGUGGUGAGGACCCGAAGAUGUUAACUAAUUUUAAAGAUCUACUAGAUAAACUGUUUGUAUUGGAUCCUGACAAAAGGAUGACGGUAGCUCAAGCAUUGGCUCAUCCCUUUAUCUCGGCCAACUGUAGUCGAGAACGGAAAUAUUGUUGCUGUAGACUUUCCUGUUUGGCGGAAGAUAUCAAAUGGUACACUAUUGAUUUAAAUUUUAUUAUUGCUGUAGAGUCUUUAGAUCUCCCUCAACCUACUAUACUUUGUGCAGGCUCACCCACAAAACCCGAGUCAUGGAGCAUUUCUCCCUUGGGUGUUGGAGGCUUGAGCUCUUUGACGAGGACCAUAAGAUCAGGUCGGCUAUAUUUGAGGAAUAUCGCUGAUAAAAAUGGAAAAGUUUGGGCUGGCGGAGGACGACAUAAUCCACCACCAGAUGCACCUCCAGUUAUACUAGUAAUUCUUUGCCCAAAAUCACCACCACCGAAGAAUCAACAGCGCUUAGCAUCUCUGUCACCAACGUCUGUGAAUACUUCCCACAGAAGCUGUUAG